AUGGUGAUGCUAAAGCACUUCCAAAGGCACAGCAGCUCAGCCCCUGCUCUCCUCCACUCUGUGACUGCAGAGAUGAAGCAGGAGGCAGCCAGGAGCACGAGCCGCCUCCUCCACAGGGUCCUAGUGCCCCACCAGGUGAUGUACUUUAGCUCUCUCUUCCCGUAUGUGGUCCUGUUCUGUUUCCUGGUCCGAGGGUUGAUGCUGAAAGGAUCUGUGGAUGGUAUUGCCCACAUGUUCACUCCAAAGUUGGAGAAGAUGCUGGAGCCUCAAGUGUGGAGAGAGGCAGCCACACAGGUGUUCUUUGCUCUGGGUUUGGGCUUCGGAGGGGUCAUUGCCUUCUCCAGUUACAACAAGAUCGACAAUAACUGCCACUUUGACGCCAUUCUGGUCUCCUUCAUCAACUUCCUGACCUCCAUUUUGGCCACUCUUGUUGUAUUCGCUGUGCUGGGCUUCAAGGCUAACAUCAUGAAUGAGAAGUGUGUGGCAGAGAAUGCUGAUAAGAUCCUGGGAUACCUGAACUCAAAUGUGCUAAGCCAUGACCUGAUCCCUCCUCAUGUGAACCUGUCCCACCUGUCCCGUGCAGACUACAUGGACAUCUACAGCAUCAUCAGAACUGUGAAGGAGGAUGGCUUUGGGACACUCAGACUGGAGCCCUGUCUCCUGGAGGAUGAGCUCAACAAGGCUGUUCAGGGGACAGGUUUGGCUUUCAUUGCCUUCACUGAAGCCAUGACGCACUUCCCAGCCUCUCCAUUCUGGUCUGUCAUGUUCUUCUUCAUGCUCAUAAACCUGGGUCUCGGCAGUAUGAUCGGGACAAUGACCGGAAUCACCACUCCUAUCCUGGAUGCAUACAAGGUGCAGAAGGAGCUCCUCACAGUUGGUUGCUGCAUUGUGGCUUUCCUGUGCGGCCUCCUCUUUGUCCAGCGCUCAGGGAAUUAUUUUGUCACCAUGUUUGAUGACUAUUCUGCUGGAUUGCCCCUCACUGUGGUGGUCAUUCUGGAAAACCUCUCUGUGGCUUGGGUAUACGGCACUAAGAGGUUCAUGCAGGACCUUGAGGACAUGUUGGGGUUUCGUCCUUGUCAGAUCUAUUUUUACCUGUGGAAGUACGUGUCUCCACUCUGCCUCAUCGUCCUGAUCUCAGCCUCCAUAAUUGAAAUGGCCAUCAGCCCCCCGGGAUACAACGCAUGGGUCCAGGAGCUGGCCCAGGAGCGUUUCCAAAGUUACCCUCCCUGGGCACUGGCCAUGUGUUUUGCCCUCAUCAUUUUGGCCAUGCUUCCGCUCCCCCUCGUCUUCAUUGCUCGCCACUUCAACCUCAUAUCAGAUGGCUCCAAUAAGCUUUCCGUGUCCUACCGCAGAAACAUGAUGAAGGACAUGUCCAACCUGGAGGAGCAGGACGAAGCCCGCUCCAUCCUUAGACCUAAACCUGGAUCUGUCCCUGCGCCAAAAAUCUAUCUGACCCCAGCCGGCAACAGCAGUGUGGACGCCAGUGCUCUGUCUCCAAGCAGCUGUUAUGGAACUGGCUACCAAAACGCAGCCAUCAGUCCAUCCACACCCACCACACCCCCCUCACCUCUCACCCCAGAAACUGACUCCUGAUGCUUUGCUCCCGUUGCACUCACAUAUAUAGCAUUUACCUUGAAGCUACUGUGGGGGGAGCUGCAGUGCAGGGUUGUUAGUUCUGUCCAGAGCACAACUGCCCCAUAAUAGCUUUAGGUAGCACAAAGCCAUGUUCAUAUUUCAGAGACCCAAAUGUAAGAUGUAUCGGUUAGAUGUAGCACACACAGGUGGAAGAGAAAUGUAUCCCACUUGUUGCUUUAGAGUUAUGCAAAAUGAUAACACAUAUUGUAAUUAGUCUAUAGUAAAAGAAGUUUUAAAAAGCUGAAAAAACCUUGGAUAAAGUGGAAGAUAGAUGGAUGCUGUGCAGUUUACCAAACAUUUCUGCACUGAUAUUUCUACUCUUGUCUUUAUGUUUUCAACCAAGGAAUUCACAGUGACGUUUUAGCACAGUUUGGUAGACUACUAUAUCUGAAUCAUACUGUCAUCAAGAUAUUAAAAAACAUAUUCAUAUUGCCAAUAUUGCCCACCUCUAGAAGCACAGUGGUUGUAAAUCUUGCAACAAGGCAAUUGCACUGAAAGAAAUAUUUUAUCCCAACAUAAAUUUUACUAAAAGUUGAACUAUGCAUGAUUGAAUUACAGUUUUAGACACAUUCUAAAAGAAGAAAUAUGAAAUAAGAAAUAUAAAAAAACUUAAAAAUAAAAUUGUUUAAUGUUUUCCUAAAUAUCACAUAAAAUGUUAAAAAACACAACAGCAUUCAAUUUAACUUUGAAGCAUUUCCUCACAUGCACAAAAUUAAACAUGAAAAAUCAAUGGAAACUCAAAAAUAAAGGGCUCAUGUUGCUCAUGUUACUUUUUUAGGAGUAAUAUGAGCAACAUCUCAAAAUAUUGUGAUGUAUAUCACACUGUGAGGUUUGUACAGGGACAAAAUUAAAUUUAAGUGCAGUAAUAAUAUAUAUUAUUAUAUUUUUUCAUGUUCACAUUUAAAUAGGUAUCUGUAUUGUGAACUUGUAUAUGUUCUGUAUGUACUGUAUAUAGAUAUAUAGUGUAGCUGUGUGUAGUCACUUGGACCAUAGACUCAUCCCACUGGGUGAUGUGCCCUGAACUUUGCCAUGUCCAUGUUGUGUGUUUUAUGGCUUACUGAUCAUAAUUCAGCUGUAUAUUUAUUUCAAGGACAGAUAUAAGUAUUUGCAACCACAAAUUCUUCUUGUAUCAUGUUUUGGGCCUUGUUUGCGGUGCAGACAAAACCCAUGUAACAAUAAAUGUAUAACAUUGAAAGUGAUAUUUUACAAAGAGAAUAAAUAAAAUUAACAUUAAAUAAUAAUUAAGUCAGCAAAUUGGUUCUCUACUUCAGGUGCAGGUCACUUACAUGCAAUAAUUGUAUUACUUUUACAGCAAUACUUCUCUCAAAUAAUAAAGUUUGCACUGUUUGCUUUGUGAACUCAAUCUUGAGUUUUAAAUUUUAAGAUGUAAUUCUAAUGUUUUGUCCAUUAAAAUGUUAAAGUGUGUUCUUUGAGCUGAUAAUAUAAAUACUACAGUGAGUGUGUGUGUGUGGGGGUGCGUGUGUGUGUGUUAAUGCCAUUGUGAACUGAACACAAAGCAAGAUUGUCUGUAUAAUCAAAUGAAUGUGAGUUAAAGCAGCCACAUCCUCACAGAAAUAUUACUAUGGGAUCCAUAUAUAGUUCUUAAGAAUCCUUGUGUAUGUCACGUGAGUAAGUCAUGCGAGCUGGCAGCGAGGGGCCUUAUUUGCAUUUUGUGGUUUGUCCAGCAUUAGUUGAUGCAUUAUUAUAGAUGAACAUAAUAAAUACUGUUAAAUAAAUAA